UAAUACAUUGCCAAGAGGAUUUUUCAGUUAAGGUUGAUGAUUGUGUAUGAAAGGGGAUUGUAUUAACUCAACAUUGAUAUUUUAAUGUUGUAAAAUUAGCCUGAUGCUUGACUGAAAAAGAAAAAAAACUGUGAAUCUUUUUUUUGAGAAUAAAGUAUAUACAUCUGUCAUCUAUUCUUCAGCAGAUGACAUCAAGCAGGUCCAUGGAAUGGAAAGGAAACCAGUCAUCUGUGGCCAUGUUUUUUCUCCUGGGUCUCUCAAAUGAAAAAGAGCUGCAGCUCAUCCUCUUUCCAAUAUUCCUUGGGAUCUACCUGGUGACUCUCAUCUGGAACCUGGGUCUCAUCCUUCUCAUCAGGAUGGACGCCCACCUUCACACACCCAUGUACUAUUUUCUCAGUUUCCUGUCAUUUAUAGACAUCUGCUAUUCUUCUUCCAUCAGCCCAAGGAUGCUCUGGGACUUCCUAAGAAAAGAAAAAAUGAUUUCCUUCAUUGCCUGUGCAACUCAGUAUUUUGUUGCAGCCUGGAUGGCUCUGGCUGAGUCCUGCCUAUUGGCAGCCAUGGCCUAUGACCGUUAUGUGGCCAUUGGCAGCCCACUACAAUACUCAGCCAUUAUGGUACCUGGCCUCUGUGGGAAGAUGGUCGCUUGGGCCUAUGUGACUGGUUUCUUUAGUAGUUUAAUUCAAACAGUCUCUUGCUUUCAACUUAACUACUGUGGGCCAAAUAUUCAACAUUUCUUCUGUGACUUGACUCAGAUUAUUUCCUUGUCUUGCUCCAAUCCCUUUAUCAGCCAAGUGAUUCUUCUUCUGGUAGCUAUUUUUGUUGGAUUUGGUACUUUGUUUGUUAUCCUCUUAUCCUAUGGUUUCAUUGCAGCAUCCAUCCUGAAAAUAUCCUCAGGUAAAGGCAGUGCCAAAGCCUUCAAUACCUGUGUCUCCCACCUGGCAGCUGUGACACUCUAUUAUGGCACAGCCUUCUCUGUGUACCUGAGUCCCAAGUCUAAUCAGUCCAUGAAUCAGGACAAGGUGCUAUCAGUGUUCUAUGUCAUCAUCAUCCCCAUUUUAAACCCUCUGAUCUAUAGUCUGAGGAACAAGGAGAUCAAAGAGGCCCUGAAGAGGCUUAUAAAGAGAGAAAUAGCCUUAAGUCAGUCAGAAUAAUAUUUGGGCAGUUAUUAUUAUUCCCAUAAAGUAGAUGGAGGUAAAAAUGUGUAUGUGGCCUUUUGUAUGUAGCAUGAAUAACUAGAUAGCAAGAUGUAAUAAAAACUUGGCUUUCUUAGUUUUUGGUGCCAUUAUGCUUACUUGCGAUCAAGAUGUAAUCUGAUACAGUAAUGUUUAAUAAGUCCAGUUUAAAAAACCAGUUUCCGUAGUUAGAACUCAGGUAGAUAUAAGCCAAAAAGUUGAUUGUACUUU